UUCACACAGUUCUAUGUUCUCAAAUGACAUUUCGAGGAAAACAUUUAUGAUCUGUGGUGGAAAAUAUCCACUAGAUAUUUUGAGAUUUUUCCCAUUUUUCCUACAAUUCUUACUGAUUUGGAAUAAUAAUCGAUAUCACGAUAGUGGAAGCAUAUUCUGGAAAUAAUUUUGACCAAAUAAAAACCCACCAUAAUGUCUAGAAAACGAGAUAUAACAAGAGAGGAAAUAGCCAAGCAGUUCGUGCUACCAGAGCGACAGUCCAAGAUUGACACACUCCUCCGGCAAGGCGUGCAAUACUGCAUUUGCAGGAGUUCCGACAGUUCUAGAUUCAUGAUAGGAUGUGACGCUUGCGAAGAAUGGUAUCAUGGAGAUUGUAUCGGUAUAUCUGGGAAGGAAGCUAAACUCAUCAAGCAGUAUUUUUGUGUGAGAUGCAUUGAGGAGGAUCCUACGCUGAAGACCAGGUGGAAAACCAAGAAAGAUGAAUCGGCUACUGCUACCACUAAUACGGAGGAAAGAAGAUCCAAAAAGAAGAAAGAAAGAUAUGAGAACAAGCCGGAUAAAAAGUUGAAGAGGUGUGGAGAUUGCAUGGGAUGUUAUAGGACGGAAGAUUGUGGAAGAUGCGAUGUUUGCACCAAGAAACAUAAACAUGGAAGCAGUAGGCAAAAGGAAAGAUGUAAACAGAGGAUCUGCAUAAAUUAUGGAGGAGGACGAAGAAAACGUAGGGACUCUAGUUCUGAUAGAGAAAUACCCCCAAAUGCACAUUUGAUGACUGAAUAUGCCAGGCAAUGCUAUGGUCCUAUGUGUAACAACAGUGCUAGGUUUGGUUCCAAGUAUUGCUCGGAUAGUUGUGGGAUUAAACUUGCAUCAAAUCGUAUCCUUCAAGUUUUACCUCAGAGGAUCCAACAGUGGGCACUUACACCCUGCGUUGCCGAAGAGAAGAAUAUUAAAGCUUUAGACCAGGUUAGAAAACAGAAAAACGAGGUGAGCCAUAUUUUACAAGAGCUAGACAACAGACACAAAGAACUCGAUGCUAUUGUUGAAAGGGCUAGAAAUGUUACUGUAGACGAGAAUUAUGAGCAUGAGCAAGAUGAGGAGGCUGAGAUGUCUAUGUAUUGUAUAACUUGUGGCCACGAAAUUCAUUCUAGAACAGCUAUCAAACACAUGGAGAAAUGUUUUAAUAAAUAUGAAUCACAAGCCUCGUUUGGAUCUGUUUACAAAACCAGGAUCGAAGGAAACAAUAUGUUCUGUGACUUUUACAAUAGUGCAAAUCAGACCUACUGUAAGAGGUUACGCGUAUUGUGUCCAGAGCAUUAUAAGGACCCUAAGGUCGGAGACGAUGAAGUCUGCGGCUGCCCACUUGUAACCAACGUGUUCAAUUUAACUGGCGACUUCUGUCGAGUGCCCAAAAAGUCUUGCAUAAAGCAUUUCGUCUGGGAGAAAUUGAGGAGGGCAGAGAUCGAUUUAGAAAGGGUUCGUCAGUGGCUUAAAAUGGAUGAGCUUCUAGAAAAAGAAAGGAAUAUCCGUGCUGCUCUGGCCAAUAGAUCAGGGGUGCUAGCUCUCAUGCUUCACUCAACAUAUAAUCAUGAAGUGAUGGAAAAGUUACAGCGGCAACAACAGGAGCAAAAUGCUGGAAAACAAGAAUGCUAAACGGGAAGAAUUUUUUCAUCAUUUUCAAUAUAAUGUAGAAAUCUACCUAAUGUAUAAAUGUUUCGUUAAUUUAAUUACACACUUUCCUUGCUUUAAAGCUGUUGAAUCAUUUCUAUUCGAGAAAUAAACGGAAAUUUUGA